AUGGCUGGCGUCUUUGGAAGCAUUUACAACAUCUUUGUCAAGCGCAAUGCUGUGUUCCUAGGGACCAUCUUCGUGGGCGCAUAUGCCACCAGCCUUGGAUUCGAUGUUGGAGCAAACCUUGUCUGGGACAGGAUUAACCGCGGCCGACAAUGGAAGGAUAUCAAGCAACGGUACAUGGAAGCUGGCGACGAGGACGACGAGUAG